AUGUGCGGAGGCUGCAAUGGAGGCGCUGAGGCCAAUGGCUCUGCCGCCAAUGGCACAAACGGCCGCGUGCAACAUCCUGUCCAAAAUCGCUCCGCGAGCUCCCCCUACCAGUCGGUCGGCGACUACCUCUCCAACGUCGGCAACUUCAAGAUUAUCGAGUCCACCCUGCGCGAGGGUGAGCAGUUUGCCAACGCCUUCUUCGACACCGAGAUCAAGGUCAAGAUUGCCAAGGCUCUCGACUCUUUCGGCGUCGACUUUAUCGAGCUGACUUCGCCCGUCGCCUCGGAGCAGUCGUUCAAGGACUGCAAGACCAUCUGCGGCCUCGGUCUCAAGGCCAAGAUUCUUACCCAUGUUCGGUGCAACAUGGAGGACGCCAAGGCUGCUGUAGCCACUGGUGUCGACGGUGUCGAUCUCGUUAUUGGUACCUCCAGCUUCCUCCGUGAGUUCUCUCACGGCAAGAGCAUGGCCUACAUUCAGAAGACGGCCAUUGAAGUCAUCGAGUACCUCAAGGGUGAGGGUGUCCAGGUCCGAUUCUCUUCCGAGGACUCGUUCCGUUCCGACCUCGUCGAUCUGCUCUCUCUGUACAAGGCUGUCGAUGCCGCCGGCGUUCAGCGUGUUGGUAUUGCCGACACUGUCGGCGGAGCCACACCUAGAAUGGUCUACGAUCUCGUCCGCACCCUGCGUGGUGUCGUGCACUGCGAUAUCGAGACUCAUUUCCACGACGAUACCGGAUGCGCUGUCGCCAACGCCCACGCCGCCCUUGAGGCUGGUGCCACCCAUAUCGAUACCUCGGUUCUCGGAAUUGGCGAGCGUAAUGGUAUCACUCCCCUCGGUGCCUUCAUGGCCCGUAUGGUUGUCACCUCGCCCGACUAUGUCAAGUCCAAGUAUAACCUCAAGGAGCUCAAGGCUCUUGAGACGCUGGUUGCCGACGCCGUGCAAAUUAACAUCCCUUUCAACAACCCCGUCACUGGCUUCUGCGCCUUUACCCACAAGGCUGGUAUCCACGCCAAGGCCAUCCUCAACAACCCUUCGACCUACGAGAUUAUCAACCCCGAAGACUUUGGCCUGAACCGCUACGUUUCGAUUAGCAGCCGAAUCACCGGCUGGAACGCGGUCAAGUCGCGUGUUGACCAGCUCGGCCUCAAGAUGUCCGACGAGCAGGUCAAGGAAGUCACUGCCAAGAUUAAGCAGCUGGCCGAUAUCCGUCCCCUGGCCAUUGAUGAUACCGACUCCAUCCUGCGCUCAUUCCACGCCGAGCAGGUCGAGGGCAGUGGUACAUACUAG